AUGUCACCUGAACCAAUUGUUGAAGAUAAUAUUAGUGAUGAGAUAAUUUUGGAGACUGUAGAUGAAGUACCAUCUGACAAUGUUCAAGCAAAUAUUGGGUUGAAUGAAAAUGAUACAGUGGAAGAAAAUAAGGUUGUAGGCAUAUGUGAGCAGGAAGAAGAAGUAAAUCAUGUUGCAAUAAAAAAACGAAAGAAGACAUCAUCUGUUUGGGACGAGUUUAAGGAAGUAAAACUUGCUAAUGGUCAGAAGAAAGGAGAAUGCAUUCAUUGUAAGAGGGCCCUUGCCAUAGGAAGUACUGGGUCGACAACACAAUUUAGACGUCAUCUAGAUCGUUGUGCGGCUAGAAUUCGUUUCAUAAAAAACCAAAAGGUACUUCAUUUUCAACCUAAGGAAAUAGAUUCUACAGCUAAUAACUCACAAGAGAGUGGUAGUUUGACAACAUUUUCUUAUGAUAAUUGCAAAGUUAGAGAGAGUAUUGCACACUAUAUUUUGAUCAAUGAAAAGCCAUUUUCAGUUGUGGAAGAGUUUGGUUUCAAUCUUGUUUUGAAGACUAUGUCACCCUAUUUUUUGAAAUACUCAAGAACAACAGCUCGUAGUGAUGUUUUAUUAGUUUAUGAGAAGGAGAAAAAAAAGCUUCAGAAUGCAUUGAAAAAUAUAAAUAGACUCAGUUUUACAACAGACAUUUGGAAGUCAAAGAACCAAAGAAUAUCUUAUAUGGUUGUCACAGGCCAUUAUGUGGAUUCAAAUUGGAAAUUGCAGAAACGUGUAUUAAGUUUUCUACACUUGUCUCCUCCUCACACAGCUACCGAAAUAGUUGACACUUUCUACAAAUCACUCAAUGAAUGGGAUUUAGAGAAUAAAGUAUUCACAUUAUCAGUUGAUAAUGCAUCUAAUAAUGAUCGUGCUAUCAAACUCCUUAAAGAUAACUUUCGUGUAAGGAAGAAGUUAUUUUUUGGUGGGAAGAUAUUUCAUGUUCGUUGUUGUGCCCACAUUUUGAAUUUAAUGGUUAAAGAUGGUAUUAAAUGUAUUGAGUUUGUAAUGGAGAAAAUUCGAGAUACAGUUAGUUUUUUAAAUGCUUCUGAAGGCAGGUUACUUCGAUUUGCUGAUGUUGUUCAUCAAUUACAUUUGCCUACUAGAAAAUUGAUAAUGGAUUGUCCAACACGGUGGAACUCAACCUAUAAUAUGCUUACUUUGGCACUUCAGCUAAGGGAAGCAUUCACUUCAUAUGGUGAGAGGGAAGUUAAUUAUCACAAUUGUCCAACAGAAGAUGAAUGGAAAAAUAUAGAGAAGGUUUGUGAUGUGCUUGGUUUCUUCAAUGAAGCUACUAAUAUAAUUUCUGGCACUGAGUAUCCAACUUCAAAUCUAUUUUUAUCCCAAAUUUGUACCAUCAAAAAAGUCAUAGAUGAUAGGUCUGUUUCUUCUGAUGAAUUUAUAAGGAAUAUGACAAUGAAAAUGAAAGAAAAAUUUGAUAAAUAUUGGGGAGAAUGUAAUCUGCUCAUGGAAUUUGGUGCUAUUAUGGAUCCUAGAAUGAAAUUUCUAGUGAUAGAGUUUGCAUAUCCAAAGAUCUAUGGUGACCAAAGUAGUCAAAAUAUCUCCUAUGUUCGUACAUUGUUAUAUGAACUGUUUGAAGAGUAUACAACAAACUUUGAAGAGGAAGCAAAAGGAGCUUGUGAUACAUUUCGAAUAAGAAAGAAGGAUUCAAAAGGUGAAAGUAGUUCUUCAAGAACUUCUCAUGAUGAUGUAUCAAAUAAAUAUAGUGGAUGGCAUGAUUUCACUGCAUAUAUAUCCGAAAAAACAAGUAAGAAACCUGCUAAAUCAGAUUUGGAUAAUAUCUUGAAGAUGGUUUAG